GGCAUUUAUUUGUAGAUCUGGACAUCAAGUUUGUUUUGAUGGUUUUGUCGAUGCUCAAUGCUCGCUCUCUCAGUUCAGUGCUCAAGAGACUAGAAGAAGAGGCCUGUGCAGGCUGGUCUAGGCCUAUGGUUUGGGGUGUGUAGCCUAGUGUGUCGGAAUUGCUUGACAUCUAAAAGGAGCCAUGGCGGAGACUCCACUGCCAGUGUUAAUGAAGGAAAUAGGGGAAGCCCUGAAACUGGAUAAUGAUGGCAAUGAAAAGGAGGCUUACAAGAAGUAUGUUGGCUGCACGUAUCGCAUAUCAACAAAUCUCAUUCUUGCAAUAAGAUCAACAAGUGGGGAUGUGGUGGUCACAAGCAAAACCUCCAGACAAGUCAAACUGGCCCAACAGUGUAUAGACAGAAUGGUUGCUUUGAUGGAAAAAAUGGAUCUGAACACUUCUGGUUCCUCUGCAUCAACCCCGGUGACCUCGCCUACUUCUGUGACGAGUUUCCCCCAGCCACAGUCUCCAGCAUCACCACACAAACUACCAACACCAAGUAGAAGCACUGUUUCUCAAGGUGCCUCCAUCACCCCAGCUGGUGAGUCCAUCAAAGGCUCAGUGUCUACUGUGAAAGCUUCGACCCCGGUGUCUCAGGAGACAAAUAAUAAUUACAGGGGCUUGGGACGUCCAGUGCCAUCAUUACCAGAUGAAUACAAUCCUCAUUCUUUCCAUGCCACAAAACCAAGAUCCCUGACCCCAAUGGAAAUUGCCCAAAGGCAGAACCAGUCCUUGAUGGCAGCUUACAAAGCCAGAAUGAACCGAUUAAACCGCUCAGAUUUUAAUGCUUUCAGCUAUAGUUUGACAAUCCAAAGGAAAAUGGCGGAGAACUUGGCCAUUGCUCAGGCCCAAGAAGAAGAGCUAGCUCGAAAGAUGCAAGCGAGAAAUCAACGGUUGGAGGAGGAAGCUGCAAAGAGGUUUGCUCAAGCAACUCCGAUGGGAAUGUCAAAAGAAGAGCAGGAGCAAAGACAAAUUUACAAGAGAAUUCUAGAAUAUGAGAAUGAGGCGAAAUGGCUACGCAACUGGCGCAAAAGACUAGAAGCGAACCCAGAGGAUGCUGUUCUUAUCAGUCAGCUUGUGCAAGAGGUGCUGCGCUGCUCUGACCAUCCAAUCACGGAGCUGUUGCGGAAAUAUCAGUUUAAAGUUUACGAAAAGUUAUACCCGUUGGUGGCAAACAAGCAUGUGGAUCUUGAACUAGUAACGGUUCCUCUCCGCGAGGAUCUUUGGCCUUCCAAUGAAGAGAUGGAGGAGCAUUUGAGAAGUUCUCGGGGUUCCUCUGUGUCCAUGUCACCAGAGGGAAGUGAAAAGAAAAGUGAUGAGAAAGACCCUAGACAAAUGUCGUCACCUCGAGAUGAUGGUAAAGGGGGAGCCCAAGGACGUGUGGAAGAUACUGAAGGACAUGCUGCCAGCAAUAAUGAAGAGUCCAAAGAUAAAAAUAGAGUACAAAGUGAUAAGUCUGCAAAGGAGGAGGAAGUGGAAAAUAGGUUAUACAAUGAUGUUCAGGAAAGUAAAUCUCAAAGUGUCGAAAGUGCUGCUGCCUCGGGACCUGUCAGUUGGGAUGACCCUCUGUCUGUUCGAUCUAAGUCUGAAACAUCUUCAAAGUCAUCUGUUCCGUGCAGUAGUGAUACUGAAGAUGACAGUGUUGGGAAAGUGAACAACUCUGAUGAAAUAUUGGUGGAAGAAAAGUCACCUGAUGAGAAGGUACCUAGUGACAAUGGGACCUCUAGUUCUGAAGGAGAGAAGAGAAAAGAUGCUGGAGGUGAAGAUAAUGAGACACAAAAAAGUAACAGCGAUGUUUCUGAGAACACUCAGGCUGAAAAAGCUUCCGCGAAAGAAGUGGAAGAAUGUUGUGAUAGCGGGUCGGAUUCAGAUGAGAGUGUUUUUGAUUCUAAAGAAACUGGAGACGGUGAGAAAGAAAAAGAGGAUCCGUCUUCCAAUGUGGAAACGGCUGUAUCAAGGACAAAAAAAGACCUUCACCUUGCUCUUGAAAAAGGGGAAAGGCUUGAGUCUCAACUUUCGUGGGAGCGAAAACAAGCUCAGCUUCUCAUGCGUCAAGUGACUAGAGACUAUGAAAAUUACAAUGAAGAGAAUUUUGAUGAUCUAUUCGAGGAUGAUGAGGAAGGCAAUAAUGAGAAAGAGACAGCUUUAGGUGGUGAUGGUAAUGCAGAGAAAAGGAAAGAUAUGCGGAGCACAGGGGUUCUCUCAAACCCAACCACUACUUUUAACCAAGACCCCAAACUAGUGAAAAGCAAAUCGGAAGAUAAACAUUCCCCCAGCUUUGACCGAAGCCAAAGCCAUCAGCCCAGGGCUAAUCAGUUGUCUAUGGACAAUGAUGCUGCUGUUUUCCAAAGCCUGCCUGCCAACGUAAAUCGCUCAAGUGACCCAGUGGUUUCAAAAAAACUUGCCAAGCUCAGUGUUGAUGCUUACAAACGCCACCUGAAGUCCAUUUCUGAUGACAUUCUCAACUUUCUUGACAAACUGUUGGUGAUGAUGACCAUAGCCUACGAGCCACUGGACACGCCUGUAGGAAGAGACCAGUGUGCAGUUUCCCUUGAAGAGCCGUUUUUUAAACCGAUUUGGAAAACUCUUCUGAGAAUGUUUAGGGUGGUUAACCACAAGCAAGAGCUUAUUCUGGCCUCUGUCAUGACCCGCUUCGCUGACGUCACUCCCGAGGACAUGAAAGUGGCUAAGAAGUUUCGACUCCCAAACAGCGGCAGUGGGGAGGGGCCAUAUCAGCGCGCUAUUGAUGAGCUGGUCAGAGUGCAAGAGCACUACACUAUGCUGAGCAAGCUGGAAUGUGUUGUAAAAGUGUGCAGGCUGAUCUGUGAAUGCGUGGAUGAGUACUACACAUCUGCUUCUAGUCAGAAACCUGGAAAAAAGACACCAUCUUUAGGAGCAGAUGACUUGCUUCCAGUGCUGAGCUAUGUGGUGGUGCACAGUUCGUGUCCCCAGCUGGUCGCUGAAUGUCAUGCAAUGACUGAGUUCAUCCAUGAAGGGUACAUGAUGGGUGAAGAGGGAUACUGUUUGACAACUCUGAGGACGGCUAUCAAUUUUGUCACAUCCUUGUUGAUCCGGCCUCUCUCUCCUUUCUCUCCAAGUUGAGAGUUCCAGGAGAGAUGUGUCGCAGUGCAGUUGUUCCCCUUGAUGGAAAAAGUGUUGCCAUAGUAUCAGCAUUGUUUGAUCUGAGUACGUCAAUUGUGUUCAAAUUGUCAGAUGUAGCUUGUCAUUUAAUAUGAGAAAAUUCCACUUUGAAAUUUAGAAAGAGACUGGUGGUCUUACUUAUCACGUGUUUGAGAAUUUUCUGUUUGUGCUGAUGAAUGAAUGUAAGUUAAGGUAAAAAUACAGCUUUGAAGAAAGGUCUUGGGUGUGUCUGAUUUGUGUUGAUGGACUCUGAAGGAUGAAUGAGCUGUGAUUUUGAAAAAGUUUAUCUGUAGCGAGAGUGGCUCUCUCAGAAAGGUUCAGGAAAGGAGAUAUUUGUUACUCCCCUCUCAUUGGGAGGAAGUCUGUCUGUACAUUUUUAGGAUCUUUAAAUUAUUUUUUCUUCCUCAAAAUGUAUUCUGAAACUACUGUCAGAUCAGUUUGUAUUCUCCUUACUUCAAGCCAUACAGGCCAGGAGGGGAAUUUCUGAUGGGUCUGAGGCAAUUUUUUUUGUGGAAAGUUUUCAAAGUUUUCUUUCCUGCCUUAUUGAAGAUGAAUGUAAAGCAAAUUUACUUUUUAUUUAUAAGAAGAUGUAAAAUUCAGCGUGUGACUCAGUCGUAAAAAAAAAAAA